CGCCCGGCGUCGGGCCGUCGGACGGGCGGGAAGGGGCGGCCGCUUGGGAAGGAUGGCGGCAGCGGCUGCGGCGGUGGGAGUGGGCGCGGGCGCCGGUGGCCCAGGAGCUGCAGGCGGCGGCAGCGGGGCGCGUGAGGGCGCGCGGGUGGCGGCGCUGUGCCUACUGUGGUAUGCGCUGAGCGCGGGCGGCAAUGUGGUCAACAAGGUGAUCCUGAGUGCUUUUCCAUUCCCCGUGACCGUGUCGUUGUGCCACAUCCUGGCGCUGUGCGCGGGGCUCCCGCCUCUGCUGCGCGCCUGGCGCGUGCCCCCCGCGCCGCCCGUCUCGGGCCCUGGGCCCGGCCCGCAUCCGUCGCCCGGCCCGCUGCUGCCGCCGCGCUUCUACCCGCGUUACGUGCUGCCGCUCGCUUUCGGCAAGUACUUCGCGUCAGUGUCCGCGCACGUCAGCAUCUGGAAGGUGCCUGUGUCCUACGCGCACACCGUCAAGGCUACUAUGCCCAUCUGGGUGGUUCUCCUGUCCCGGAUCAUCAUGAAGGAGAAACAGAGCACCAAGGUGUACCUGUCACUCAUCCCCAUCAUCAGCGGCGUCCUGCUGGCCACUGUCACCGAACUGUCCUUCGACAUGUGGGGGCUUGUCAGCGCCCUUGCUGCCACACUGUGCUUCUCACUUCAGAAUAUUUUCUCCAAAAAGGUGUUAAGAGAUUCAAGGAUCCACCAUCUUCGGCUACUGAACAUCUUGGGCUGCCAUGCUGUCUUUUUUAUGAUCCCUACGUGGGUCCUGGUGGACCUCUCAGCUUUCUUGGUCAGCAGUGACCUGACAUAUGUGUCCCAGUGGCCCUGGACACUUUUGCUCCUGGCUGUCAGCGGCUUCUGUAACUUUGCCCAGAAUGUCAUUGCCUUCAGCAUCCUCAACCUCAUCAGCCCUCUGAGCUACUCCGUCGCCAAUGCCACCAAGAGAAUUAUGGUCAUCACUGUGUCCCUGAUCAUGCUGCGAAACCCAGUCACCAGCACCAACGUCCUGGGCAUGAUGACGGCCAUCCUGGGGGUCUUUCUGUAUAAUAAGACCAAGUAUGACGCAAAUCAGCAAGCCCGGAAGCACCUCCUCCCCAUCACGACAGGGGACCUGAGCAGUAAGGAGCACCAUCGGAGCCCCCUGGAGAAACCCCACAAUGGCCUCCUCUUCCCCCAGCAUGGGGACUAUCAGUAUGGCCGCAACAACAUCUUGACAGAUCACUUCCAGUACAGCCGGCAGAGCUACCCAAACUCGUACAGUUUGAACCGUUACGAUGUGUAGAGACCAGCGAGCAGGGCGGGACAUUCUGCCACCUCUCCCCCCGGCCCCCCAGCAGCACCAGGUACUUCUGACAACCAGUGAAUGUACAAUCCAGCCAACGGGGGACAGUGCAGAACCAUCAGAAGACCCCGGGGUUCCCAGCCCCCAGGAGCAGCAGGAUGCAUCCCAAGCUCCCAUGUUUCGUACCCUUUCUUCCUGGAGUCUGUCUUCCAAGGGUGUAUCGCUGUGGAAAUCUUAGCCAGGUUCUAAUCUUUCUGCGUGGAUUUCUUCCCCAAGUCAUGUUUUUCAGAGAUCUCUUUUCCCAGAUGAACAUCCAGGACCCUCUCUGGAAAGGAUACAGAACUCGGAGUGGGCGAGAGGUAGUUUGUGGGGAGGGUGCCAAGGAAAGACCCUGGGGUGGUGCUGGGUGACAGACUAGCCGCUUUAAUUCUACUGCUCAGGUAAGCGUAGGAUGGAGGCACGUGUGGUGCAGAGGCGUGCCAGGGUUAUUGGAAACAUCUCCAACCACACAGUUGGACCCAGCUCUCUGGUCAGCUCCAUAACUGUUGGCAAUUGACGAACGUUCCUCAGUGCGAAGCUAUUGCAAUUAGAAUUGAAUUCUUAGAGCUGACCUGCAAGGCAGGUUUGGCAUGUGCCCGGAACUGGAGGGAAGGGCAGGGUGGCCACUGUUUCCUCAGCUCCCUCUUCCCUUGCUGAGCAGAGCAUCUCUCCUCCAAGGCAGCGAGCAGGAGGGGACAUGGGGCUGUGAGAAGGAUCAUGAGGAAAUCAUGUUCAGUGUUUCAAGCUCUAUUUCCGUAAUACUGACUUUGUUUUCUGAUGCAUCUUCACUUCUCUGCUGACUUCGAAGGAUGUUUGAUGGGGAGAUGUUGGUUUUACAAGGAGCUUACAUUUUUCUAGGGACUAUUUUGUAGUUGUCUAUGUAUUUCUGCUGAGGUCCCCCUUCAGGGAUGCAGGAUGCCUGAGGAUUGGCAGAUGUUUGGAAACUCCUUUUGUUUUUAAACGUUUAAAAACAAGAAAAGCUGCCAGUGAUGCCUGUCUUGGCACAUUUUCUGCAUUUAGUAGGGAACAAUGAAGUGUUUGGAAGUCUCCGAAAGUACAGUGAAUCAAAAACGUCAUCUAGGAGUUCCGUCAUGGCUCAGUGGUUGACGAAUCCAACUAGGAACCAUGAGGUAGCAGAUUCGAUCCCUGGCCUUGCUUAGUGGGUUGAGGAUCCGGCGUUGCCAUGAGCUGUGGUAUAGGUUGCAGACGUGGCUCGGAUCCCACAUUGCUGUGGCUCUGGAGUAGGCCAGCGGCUACAGCUCCAAUUUGACCCCUAGCCUGGGAACCUCCAUAUGCUGUGUGUGCAGCCCUAGAAAAGACAAAAAAAAGUCAUCUAAAUGGUUUGUGUCAUAGAUCGGUGCUCAACACAGAUUGCACGAGCUGUUUUUGUGGUGUUUACAUUAGGAUUUGAUUCGCCAGCAGUCACUGGUCAAGAAAAAGUUGGGGUCUGGGCAGAAUCACAUCAUCAGGAAGAUUAUGUGUCCCCAGUGAGUAACCUGUGUCCUGGGGUCCAGGUUGGGACACCUGGCAUCACUAGAGACUGUGCCCUCGGAGGGGACCACUUGUUUGGCUGGUGAGGUCUUUGGUGAUGGCUGCCUUCCUCCUUCAGCCCUGUCCCUGAACAGACACUUGACAUGAUCAGCAGAUGGGACCUGGGGGGGUCACCCUCUACCUUCUGGCAUGUGAGAUGGUUCUCUGUUCCAAGAGGAAGUCCUGUAGCUUAUGCUUGACUCCUGUUUGGUUUUGAUAAUUGGAAUUUUGUAUUUAGAGAUUACAUUUCAUCAGCUUAUGAACUGGCAGCUCCUGGAGAGGUCACAGGGUCCCCUUCUGGCCUGUGAGUUUAAUACCACUGGCCUCAAGAGUCCCUGAUUGUUGGUGGCCUGCUUUUUGAUUACUUUGCCCCCAAGUUCUAAGACAAUGCUAUGGAAAACAUUCAGGAGCUGUCCUGAAGGGUGUUAUUUGUGCCUUCACCAGAGGCAGUAGAUUCUGCAAUUGAACCACAAUAAAUGGGAGUAAUUUUGCAUGGCAGACAUUGUGGUAGCUAUCUUUAUGAGGAUAGUAACUGAUUCCUUGAACGAUAAUUGAAUUCCAAGAUGAAUUAUGCCUCUCUGCAGGUUUAAUGAAAUGUUUGAGGUUGCUGAAAUUUGUAUAUUGUUUUCCUUUUCCAAUGCAAGAUCUGCUGGUGAGGGGAAAUGUCUGACUGGUUUUAUAACGGUUUAUAAAUUAAUAAAUGGGAUAUUUAGUUCUGUACAUAAAUCUACAGCGAGUACAUACACUGGAAUGAGAGACACAAUCAUAUUAGACCAAAUCAUCAGAUCAAAAGACAUACUUUUAGGAGUUCCCACUGUGGAGCAGCAGUAACGAACCAGACUAGUAUCCAUGAGGAUGUGGGUUCACUCCCUGGCCUUGCCCAGUGGGUUAGGGGUCCAGCGUUGCCGAGAGCUGUGGUGUAGGCUGAAGAUGCGGCUCAGAUCUGGCGUUGUUCUGCAUAGGCCGGCAGCUGUAGCUCUGAUUCAACCCCUAGCCUGGGAACUUCCAUAUGCCGCAAGUGUGGCCCUAAAAAGCAGAAGACAUACUUUUGAGACUUGAAAGUUCAGAGCUGACAUUAACCUUGUGAAGGCCAGUUUUCCAGCCACUUGCUGCCCCAGCUCAACCCCCCACCCGACUCCCACAUCCACAUUGGCAGCUCUGUUCCCCUUACCCUCCUCACUGCUGGGGUUUGUGACAGCAAAUUUAGUUUACCCAUAGGUGGUAUGGUCUGCAAAACUAACUCGAACCCAACCUCUUCGUUUUACAGAAGGGGAAACUGAGGCUCAGAGGGCAUUUUAAAAUAGUGUUUGUUCACUAUUUUGAGACUCAGUGUGGAAUUUUUAAGCACCUUAUUUUAAGUCAUCCGUUAUCAGGAAAAUCAAACCCCUGUUACCAUGGAGAGAAGCCAAAUAUGUUCAAAGGAAGAAGCACUUGGGAUUUCUGAUUUUUGCUGUGUGUUUUGGCAUACAUCAUGCAACUGGCCCUUUUAUCACUGGGACAUAACCAGACCUGGACACCUUAAGGUCUAACAGUUUUAAGGGCAUAGAACAUUAAAUUAUUGAAGAAUCUGAAAAUUGUGAAUUGUUUUUUUCAACUGUUACGUUUUCAAGACUCAAUGCUAUAGACUGUUCUGUGGGAAAAGAUACCGUGUAUAUUCAUGGAUGGCAUUUACAAAAAUAAAUGAUGGUCUCCAGGGACUCAAGAUUGGUCCCAGUUUGUCA